UUCUCUCACUCACACACUCUAGUCUCGACGGCACCCCAUAGACACAGAGGCAGAGCUGGAAGCUCAUCUCGGUUCACCGCCACCACAUGCUCGCCGCCUUCGCCGCACCUCUUUCCGGAUCCUCCUCGUCGUGUGCUCGCGUCUGGCCUCUCUCCUCCGUCUGAAUUCGGCUGCUCGUGCCUCUCUCGCCUCCGCGUCUGCUCGAGCGGUGCUUCCUGCUCGUGUCGUCGCCGCGCCUCCCUCGCCUCUCCCUCUCCUCACGUCUCUGCUCGAUCUUUGUCGUCCCUCGCGUGCUCGUCGCCGGCGGUCUUGCUCCCCAUCCCUCAUAUGCUGCUGGUUCUCCGCGUUGUAAACAUAAGGAGAAGGACUGCCGCAGUGCCGCCAGCUUAUCCGCGUCACAUUUUCGCUCAUUCUCCUUCAUACUCUGCUCGUUGGAAGAUCACCGAAGAGAAUCAUGAAAUUGCCUGUGUCGAGGUGUUAACUAGAGGAUCUUGGCUUUCUUAAUUUACAAAUAGCAAAUGGGUACAUCUGCUGCGAACAAGGAAAACUUCAAAGGCAGUAGAAUUGAGCCCUGGAAGCAGAAAGAACUGUAUUUUUUGGUGACUUAUGCUUUUGUUUUCUAUGUCAUCAUCAUUCGCCGUUCCCUUCAACUCUCUCAUGAUUAUGGCAAGCAAUUAUUUGGUUUACGCCCAGGAUGGCUCAUACCUAGGCAACUCAAUGAUGUCACAGAUGCUCAAUGGAGGAAUUUGCGAGGAAAUAUACCUGUUCUUACUGUUGUCUUUGGCAUUUUUACUCUGCUUGCCAACUUGAUGAGGGCUUUUUUCAAUUUAAAAGUGGGGGGAAUGUCCAUUAUCUGGCUUUUAUUUUCUUUGACCUAUCUAUCAUAUCUACAUGGAGCUUGCAUCAUAUUUGUCCUAUCAAUAGCAACUGUUAAUUUUCUUCUCGUGAAGAUAUUUGCACAGAAGAAGUACUUUCCACUUGUAAUUUGGAGUUACAACUCUUUUUUUCUUGUCUGUAAUCGCAUUUAUGAAGGAUAUUCAUUCUCAAUUUUUGGGCAACAGUGGGCAUUUUUGGACAAUUUCCGAGGGACUUUUAGGUGGCACAUAUGCUUCAACUUUGUUGUUUUACGCAUGAUUAGCUUUGGCUUUGAUUAUCAUUGGAGAGAUCAAGAUUCUCAUUUUGAUAUGGAGAAGCAUUGCAAACGUUGUCAUAUUUGUAAAUCAGGAAAAUCUUGCUAUCAAGCUUUACAGGAGAGCAGACCACAGAAUGACAAGUUUGCAUAUACCACAUACCUUUGUUACUUGCUGUAUGCUCCUCUUUACAUUGCUGGUCCAAUAUUGAGCUUCAAAGCUUUUGCCUCACAGCUAGAAGUUACUCAAAAUACUCAUUCAGUUAAGAAUGUGGCACUCUAUGGUUUCCGUUGGCUAUUUAGUCUUCUCCUCAUGGAAUUGAUGACACAUUUGUUCUAUUAUAAUUCAUUUGCUAAUAGUGGUUUGUGGAAGCACAUGUCUCCCAUGGAUAUCUUCAUCAUUGGAUAUGGGGUCUUAAACUUCAUGUGGCUAAAAUUUUUAUUGAUCUGGCGCUUUUUCCGUUUCUGGUCAUUGAUAAAUGGAAUUGAGGCUCCAGAGAAUAUGCCAAAAUGUAUUAAUAAUUGCCACAGCUUGGAAGACUUCUGGAAAAAUUGGCAUGCUUCCUUUAACAAGUGGCUUGUGAGGUACAUAUACAUUCCUCUUGGGGGAUCUCAGAAAAAGCUACUGAAUGUAUGGGUUGUGUUCACAUUUGUUGCCAUCUGGCAUGAUUUAGAGUGGAAGCUUCUUUCAUGGGCAUGGUUAACAUGUUUAUUCUUUAUCCCUGAGUUGGCUUUAAAAUCAGCAGCAAAUGCAUUUCAGGCUGAGAGUUCUUUUGGGGAAUUCAUAUUUCGUGAAAUCAAUGCUGUUGCUGGUGCAAUCACAAUUACUUCCCUCAUGGUGGCAAAUCUGGUUGGUUUUGUUAUUGGACCCAAAGGCAUUAAUUGGCUUCUUGAUUCUUUCCUUAGCAAGGAAGGGCUGCCUGUUCUCGGUGCAAUGUUUAUCACAUUUUACGUGGGAACAAAGCUUAUGUUCCACAUAGAGGAGGCCAGAAAAAGGUCACGUUGAAAUGAGACAAUUUACCUGAUCAUAAUACUUGAUGCCAAUGACCAAAUUCAUGUUUAUUGCCACAAGUUUCAAUCCUGAAACCAGACAGCAUGGUGAGUGGUGGUUCUUGACCAAACAAAUUCCCCAAUGCAUUGUGCAUCGAAUUCGGAUCCAGUGCCUUCGAAUUUUGUACACUAAAUGGAAAAAUCACAGUUGACUCGGGACACGGGAAUUAGAACUUGAUCACAUCUCACUUCUGCUUUGAUCCUUUGUUUGGUUUGUUUUAGCUCCUUGGACUAUGUUUUUUGCAAGUUGUCAUUAGUAAUUACCGUGAGCAGGUGCAAUAUUUUUGCGAAACAUUUCGAACCCCAUUUUUAGCUUUUAUUUUUCCAUAGUCCAUACGCAGUUAUGACUUUUGAUAGAUGCGCAUCACGGUUUACAACUUUACAUACACGUUUAUUU